CAUAUGUGUAUACAUGCACAUGCAUUUCCUGUCAAACUUUUACAAUUAACCAGCCAGUUAGGUCAAUGCAUUCCAGUAAGGUAUCUCUGGCAAAAUAGAUAAGAUUCCAGUGGAGUGAAAUUCUCACUUUUUGACGUUCAGCAUUCGCAACAUGUUCAUUUGGUGUUUUCCAAUCAUCUUUUUCCUAUUAGUAAGCCAUACUGUUAGUGUUCCCAUACUACAUCAUGGCCGUUGUAAAGUGAAUGCAAAUAUUGGAUAUUGCCAGCAUCGUGAAAUAUGUUGGGAAAGUGACGUUGAGCUGGAUAGCUUCAGCCGUAGCCAAUGCUCAAGUAAUACACGAAAGGACCUGGUAUGCUGUCGACGUCAAUCACAGAAUAUUAGUUCAACUUUCCAUGUUUCAAAAUCCACUAAUAAUGAAUUGAUACCCCAGCCGGGUGUUUGUGGCGGUAGCCCUUUAAAUAAUCGCAUUUAUGCUGGUGAAAAAGUACACAUUCAAGAAUUUGGUUGGGCAGCUUUACUGUUUUAUUCGUAUGACGACACGGAAUACACCCCAAUGUGCGGUGGCUCUCUUAUCAAUAAACGAUGGAUUUUGACUGCGGCUCAUUGUGUAUUCCACCGGCAUGACGGUUCCGUUGUUAAUCAUAUUCGGGCGCGUUUGGGAGAAUGGGAUACGAGAAGCACUCCAGACUGCCAAGAGUUCUUGGUUGGUGAUAGAGUCUGUGCUCCGCCGCACAUAGAAUUAAAUAUCGACCUCAUUAAGGCACAUGAGCUAUAUGAACAUUCCAACUGGAUCAACGAUAUUGCAUUACUGCGACUUAAUCGUUCCGUGUACUAUACAGAUUAUGUGAUACCCAUUUGCCUGCCACCCGCAAAGCAAACUUAUGCAGACGAUUACGCUGGCUAUGCUAUGGACAUAGUGGGUUGGGGAAAAACUGCGGAAGCGCAGUUCAGCGGCAGUACGAUUAAAAUGAAGGCGUCUCUUGAUGUUAUCUCCACACCAGAUUGUGUACGAACGCAUAAAAAAUUAUUCUUUGGUCAAAUGUGUGCGGGUGGCCAAACACCGCAAAGCACCUGCAAAGGCGACUCCGGCGGUGCUCUGAUGCUGAUGAAUACAAGCUAUAGUAUCCCCACGUACUUUGCGAUAGGCAUCAUUUCACUUGGCCCGCAAUCCUGUGUUGGUAGCCGAUCACCCAAUAUUUUUACUAGAGUUGAGUUCUAUAUGCCUUGGGUAAUGGACACAAUGCAUGCCAAUUCUUAAGGUUAUG